AGUUUAUUAGUCAAUAAACCUAUACAUAUAUCCUUCUAACAAAAUGAAUUCUCACCUAUUUAAAUUUCAAAUAAGGAGUGUCUAGUUAGUUAUCUCAAUUAUUAAACUACAAAAAUAUGAACGUUACCACGAAUAGGAAAAAUAGGUAAAGCCUAUUGCUACUUGAACUGAAAAUUCCAACAACAACCAAAUUAUUGAGUUGAAAUUCAACUUUCCAACUAAAAAUAAUACAAUUUCAAAUAUUAUAAAGAAAUUAUAACGAAAAAUAAAACACCUACUUUUUAGCCUUAAACAACGUCGAACCGCAAAUAUCCAAUGUAAUUCAGCUGCAAAUCUAUCGAGUUCUUCAUGAUUCAUCGCUUCACUUCGAGAACAAAGCUUCAGGUUCGCAUCCGUUAUAAGGAUAAAAUUAGAUGCUACAUCUGAUUAUUUACAUUGGGUGGAUUUAAAUCGUAGAUAUGCGUAUGUGUGUUUAUGUUUAGUAGGUGGUCAUUUAAUCAAAUGUACAGAUCAAAUACAUCCAAUGUAAAUAAUCAGAUGUAGCAUACGUAGACCCAGACUACCAAAAUGUAGGACAUACUAAACAAAAAUCUAAGUAGAGAGAGAGAGAGUCCCAACACCAACCAUGCAUGGUCAACAUAUUGUUUACCUGCAAAAACAGCAACAACCAUAUUCUCUCUCUUCUCUCUCUCUCUCUCUCUCUCUCUCUCUCUCUCUCUCUCUGCAUUUCUCAACAAAUCCUCAAAAUUCAUUUGAUCAUCCCACAAGAAACACUAACAAGUCAAGCCAAUGUUGACCAAAAAGAUAUAUAUCAUAUAAACUAAAGUUUGGUGUGUUAGCUCAUCCCCCUUUUAUCCUCCCUUCCUCAUUCACAAACCAAAACCUUUUCUUUCUCAAUUCCUUUACUUUGCUCCAAUUUCACACUUUUUACUCUAUGGAGUUGCCUAUCAAGACACCGGCGAUAAUCUCCGGUGACCGGAAAAUACCCUACACAAUCGAAACCAAGAACUUGACCUACACUUGCGAGAUCCCGUACGACGAAUUUAGUUGGCUUUUUUGUUCUACUCCCAAAACAUCGCCCAAAAAAACCAUCAUCAAGAAUGUCAAUCUCGAGGCGAAACCGGGAGAAAUCACAGCAAUCGCCGGACCUAGUGGAGCCGGAAAAACCACACUGCUCGAAAUCCUCGCCGGAAAAAUCCCACCAAGAAAGUUCUCUGGCCAAGUACUAGCCAACGGCAAUCCCAUAAACCCUAGAAACAUCCCCCGAUUAUCGGGAUACAUCACACAAGACCACGCCCUAUUCCCACUCCUCACCGUCCAAGAAACUCUCACGUACAGCGCCCUUCUCCGGCUGCCAGAUGGCAGCCGGAGGGCCACCUAUGAGCUUUUCGCGGCGAGGGUGCUGCAAUCAAUUUUCGUCGGAAUCAUACUCGGUACAGUCUACAUGAAAAUCAGCAACGAUCAGAGCAAAAUCGCCCAACAAACCCGAUUAGGGUUCUUCGCAUUCAGCCUCAGUUUCCUGCUAUCCUCCACAACCGAGGGUUUGCCGAUCUUCCUGCAGGAGAGAACAAUUUUCAUGAGGGAGACUUUCGCCGGAGCUUACAGAGUAUCAUCGUACGUUGCAGCGAACGCAAUCGUCUUCUUCCCGUUUCUGCUACUAGUGGCUCUUCUCUACAGUACGCCGUCGUAUUGGCUAGUCGGGCUGAGGCCCGAUUUGGGCGGGUUCCUGUACUUCACACUGGUGGUGUGGGCGGUGGUUCUGAUGUCGAAUUCGUUCACGGCGUUCUGCGGCGCGGUGGUGCCGAAUUACAUCAUGGGUACGUCGGUGGCUGCGGGAUUGAUGGGGUGUUUCUUCUUGUUCUCUGGGUAUUUUAUUGAGAAGGAGAGUAUACCGGAUUACUGGAUGUUUAUGCAUUAUUUGAGCCUUUUUAAAUACCCUUUUGAGAGCUUGGUGAUAAAUGAAUACGGCGGCGGCGGAUGUGCGGUGGUGGGUGGGGAUGAGUUUCUGAAACGGCAGGGCUUGGAGAAAACGAAGAAAUGGAGUAAUCUGGGUGUUAUGCUGGGGUUUGUUUUUGGUUAUAGAGUUCUCUGUUUUUGCGUUUUGUGGUACAGAAGUUCUAGAACCAGAAAUUGA